UUCUACUGGUAUAAAAAAAGGGAUUCUUUUUCUACUUUUGUAAAAACACCAAAAUAACAAAAAAAUAAUGGAAAAUAAAUAAAUAAAAAAUAGGACCUAUAUAUAUACACUCUGGGAAAACUUCUUCCCCUAGAUCUCAAGAGUGUUCUGGAUCCUGUUCCAUUGGACACACUAUACACUCUUUUUUUUUUUUCUAAAUCUCUCUCAAAUACAGAGAGAAGAAAAAUAAAAAAUAAAAAUAAAAAGACACUCAGAAACACAUCAAUGGUGCUUCAGAAACUGUUAUCAAAGCGUUUCUUUGACGGUGUCAAAAUGAGGCCGUUUGAACGCAGUGUCGUGUCGUCUCCAACUAUGCAACAACAAGUCAUCGCGCCUCCGAGCAUGCCGGGAGCGAGUUCGGCAGACGGAGGAUUUCUCCGGCGGUUUUUCCUCCUCCGGCAAGCGGUGUACCACUCCAGUCCGGCACGUUUCCCGGAUUUCCUGUCUCUCCCCGUCGGAGAGAAGCUCCGGGAGAAACUCAAAAGCAUCAACAACAUAGCCGGCAUAGGAGACUGUUGUGUUGCUCUCGCUCCGGCACCUAUGGCCAGCGAUGCGGUGUUUGGAAGUGGAAUGUCUGUCAGCCACGCGAGGAAGAUUUUGAGGGUGCCGCAAAUGGAGAAGGUGAAGGCAAAGCUGAGAAACGUUUCGGAGAGUUCGGUUCCGUACUCGGAGUUUUUGCGGAUCUGCGUUGAGACGUGUGAGAAUCAUGAGCAAGGGGCUAAGUUCGCAAAGAUCUUGGAUGAAUCCGGAAACGUCAUCGUUUUGGGGAAAGCAGUUUUUCUCCGGCCAGAGGAGGUGGCAAAAUCAAUAGAGCUUAAUCUAUCAAUCAAUAGCCAAUCCAAAUGACCCUAGAAGGAAGGAGCUAGAGCUGAUGGAGAAGCAAAAGUGGAUGAUUGAUGAAAAGGCCAAGGCCCAGGUCCGAGCUGAGCUUUAUUUUGGGCUGGGCUUCUUGACAGUCCAGACCCUCGGGUUCAUGAGGCUCACUUUCUGGGAACUAAGCUGGGAUGUGAUGGAGCCCAUAUGCUUCUUUGUUACCUCAUUCGGCUUCGCUCUUGCUUAUCUUUUCUUCCUCAAGACCUCCACAGAACCCACCUUUCAGGGCUUCUUCCAUCACCGGUUUAAGGCCAAGCAAGAGCGUCUCAUGAAGACACACAACUUUGACAUGAGUAGGUACAACGAGUUAUUUAAGGCAUGCUAUACAAAUUAUCAUGGUGGUGCCAAAUUUGAAUCUUCUUAUCCCUUCCACUACCCUGGGGAGACACAUCUAACUGAUCUAAGAGCCUUGCAUCGUUGAAGAAUUAUAUGUGUAUAAAUGACUAUUUAUUUAAGUAAGAGUAUUACUUUGUGAUCACCAUGGAGCCUAAUGCCCUUUAUCUAAACAAGAUGGAAAAAUAAACUGAACUACAUAACUAAAAUUUGAUUAUAAAGUUAUACAGACUGAGAUAUCUUUCCAUUAGUCUAGUAAAUGUAGAGAAAGAUGUAGAGAAGAUGGAUCAGUACUUUGUAGAUGUUCAGUUUUUUUUCUUCUUUCUUUUUGGGUCGAAAGAUGCAUGAUAUUCAAAGGCAAGAGGCAAAGGCUAGAAGGCAUUUUACCUCCAAAUGAAAAAAGCCUUGUCCAUUGUUGGACAUGGUGGCGCUUUGUACUUA